ACCACACCAAAAAAAGGAAAAUUGAUGACUGGAUUUGUGGUUGGUCAAUAAUGCUGAAAAGAUCACAAAUUACGUUUGUUUUAGCUUAAAAAUAGUGUGUACAUUGCCGUUUGAAGAUAAAGUGCGUGCCGGUGGGUUUGUUUAAAGUCGUUUUUGUUUAGGUACCCACAGCGGUAGGGCAGGUAGCUUAAAGGCUCGUGGUGCAGCCAUGUCGUCGUCAGCAAUUUUCAUACUGGACGCGAAGGGAAAGGUGUUGAUAUCGCGCAACUACCGCGGCCACAUCGAUAUGGGCGUGAUCGACAAGUUUAUGCCGCUGCUGAUGGAGAAGGAGGAGGAGGGGCUCAUCACACCCAUCCUGCAGACGCCGGAGUGUACAUUCGCGUACGUCAAGACGAACAAUCUGUACCUGGUGUCGGUGACGCGCAGCAACGCCAACAUAGCGCUCGUGUUCGUCUUCCUGCACAAGGUGGUGCAGGUGUUCACCGAGUACUUCAAGGAGCUGGAGGAGGAAAGCAUACGGGACAACUUUGUCGUGAUUUACGAGCUGCUGGACGAGCUGAUCGACUUCGGCUACCCGCAGACGACCGACAGCAAGAUACUGCAGGAGUACAUUACGCAGGAGGGCCACAAGCUGGAGAUACAGCCGCGCAUCCCGAUGGCGGUCACGAACGCGGUCUCGUGGCGCUCGGAGGGCAUCAAGUAUCGCAAGAACGAGGUGUUCCUGGACGUGAUCGAGAGCGUCAACCUGCUGGCGAACGCGAACGGGAACGUGCUGCGGAGCGAGAUCGUGGGCGCGAUCAAGAUGCGCGUCUACCUGUCCGGCAUGCCGGAGCUGCGGCUCGGGCUGAACGAUAAGGUGCUGUUCGAGAGCACCGGGCGGGGCAAGUCGAAAUCGGUCGAGCUGGAGGAUGUAAAGUUUCACCAGUGCGUGCGGCUGUCGCGGUUCGAGAACGAUCGGACGAUCUCGUUCAUACCGCCGGACGGCGAGUUCGAGCUGAUGUCGUACCGGCUGAACACGCACGUGAAGCCGCUGAUCUGGAUCGAGUCGGUGAUCGAGCGCCACGCGCACAGCCGGGUAGAGUACAUGAUCAAGGCGAAGUCGCAGUUCAAGCGCCGGUCGACGGCGAACAACGUGGAGAUCGUCAUACCGGUGCCGGCCGAUGCCGACUCGCCCAAGUUCAAGACGACGAUCGGCAGCGUGAAGUACGCGCCGGAGCAGAAUGCCAUCACGUGGACAAUUAAAUCAUUCCCAGGCGGCAAGGAGUAUCUUAUGCGAGCUCACUUCGGCCUGCCAAGCGUAGAGUGCGAGGACAGUGAGGGAAAGCCUCCGAUUCAGGUGAAGUUUGAAAUUCCCUACUUUACCACAUCCGGCAUACAGGUACGGUACUUAAAGAUCAUCGAAAAGAGCGGAUACCAAGCACUGCCGUGGGUGCGGUACAUCACCCAGAACGGCGACUAUCAGCUGCGAACGAACUAAGCGUCCCGCCUGUACGGUGCCUGUACUGUGACGAGAAGUAAUUGUUAAGUUUCCACCCCCUCCAUAUCCCCAUUACUUCAUCUGCGCCGGGUGUACUAGCCGAGUCCGGUGUGUGGAGUUGGCCGGAUCAAGGAACGGCACUCCAUCGACUGGUUCCAUCCAGCAAGGUAGCAUUGCGGUGUGCAGUAUUAAACGUGCAGUUUUGUUUGCAGCUGUCUGUGAGUCGUAACGUUGUGGGCAGCUCCGGGCAAGCAAACAUUAGAGAAGAUUGUCUCUUCCUACUUUCUAGUGAUUUAUAUAUGCUUUUUGUGUUGUUUGCACUGCUUUCUUCUUCCUCUUCUAUCUUUGUAAAAGCUCCUCUUUCACGCAUGUUGAGUUUUCCAGUACUCUUACAUUCAAAAUUGUUGUUUUUUUUUUCGAAAGAGGUUUUAGCGUUUUAUUUUGUCAAUCAUUUCGUCCUUGUUUAACGCGUUAGCCAACACAAGUGGAUUUUAUGUUUAACGUUAACCAUCCUGUAAAACGAACAUGUAGCACAUAAAGUAAUAAAGUAAAGUAAAGCGAG